AUGAAAGAGGGUUUUGAAAAUCAACUCACUAAAUUAAAAGAAGAAAAUGAUAAACUAACUAACUGUAUUUCAGCUUUAGAAAGAUCAUCACAACUUCUUGUAUUAGACAAUGAGGAGUUAAAAAGAAUUAUUAAAAAGAAAUGUGAAGAAAUAAUUGAAUUAGCAACAAUCAUUUCAGUUUUUGCGAAUGAUAAAUAA